AUAGACUGUGUGGCCCGCGGUCGAGUAGGUUGGUGCGGAAGCAAUGAAAACGCAGCUUGCUCUCUAAUCACGACGGCAUUCCUCAACUCUGCUCGUUCAAGUCGCCGAGACAAGUUCACUCAAGCGUCAAAUCAUGGUUCGCAAAGUGGCAAAUUUGGCGGAGUUCAACGCCAUCCUGAAGGAAGCCGGAGACAAGCUGGUGGUGGUGGACUUCACAGCCAUGUGGUGUGGCCCCUGUAGACAGAUUGGCCCAGAAUUUGAGGAUGAAUCACAGAAGCCUGAGAACGCAAACGUGAUUUUCCUGAAGGUGGACGUGGAUGAGGCUAAGGAUGUGAGUAGAUCCUGCAAAAUUAGGUGUAUGCCCACAUUCCAGUUUUACAAGAAUGGAGUAAAGGUGGACGAGUUCUCUGGUGCUGACAAAGCUACACUGGUUAAGAAACUGGCAGCUCUGAGAACAUAAAAACUGUAGUAGCCACUGAUACCCAUCUGUACACACAUAAGAGGAACUUCCAGUUUCCUGUUAUGUACGUUUUGUUUCACACAGGCAAUAAUUCAUUCCACUCAUCAUGUACACACUGUCACUUUUAUAUUAAAUUUUCAUGCUCUUAUCUUUUUUUUUGUAUUAUUCUUUACACUUGUUAAAGCACUUUGUAACUUGUUUUUGAAAAGUGCUCUACAAAUAAGGAUUAUUAUUAUUAUUAUUACUGUCACCCUGUCCCUUGAGUUUCUGUAUUGACUGUAUUGACUACUUUUAUAUGACAAAUUGGCUCCUGUCCAACUCAUGAACUUUCUUUGUAAUGUGUUCACCAAAGAGGAUUUAAUAAAUGAACUUACAUCGAG